GGGCGGUGCCGGGCCGAGCGGAGCCGAGUGCGUGUGUCCCGCAGGUCGGCGGAGCGGAGCUGUGCGGUGCGGUGCGGUGCGGUGCGGUGCGGAGCGGCCAUGGGGCGGGCGCCGCCGCUGUCCGCGCUGGCCCCGGCGCUCUGGGCCGUGCUGCUGCUCUCGGCGUCCGAGGAGACGGUGCCGCGGGUCAGCCUGCGCUACGGUGCCUCGGAGAGGACAGUGCUGCGUUUCGAGGUGCCCGGUGUUGCUAACUACACGGCCCUGCUGCUGAGCCCGGAUGGAGCCACGCUCUACGUGGGCGCCCGUGAGACCCUCUUUGCCCUCGAGACCCGCCACUUCCUGCCGGGCCCGCAGCACCGCAGCCUGCAGUGGACCGCGGAUGAGGAGAAGAAGCGGCAGUGCGCCUUCAAGGGCAAGGACCCCCAGCGGGACUGCCACAACUACAUCAAGAUGCUGCUGCAGCUGAACAGCACCCACCUGUACACGUGUGGGACCUGUGCCUUCAGCCCCGCCUGCGCCUACAUGAACGUGCAGAACUUCAGCCUGGAGCGGGAGCCAUCGGGGAAGCUACUGCUGGAGGAUGGAAAAGGCCGGUGCCCCUUUGAUCCUGAGUACAAGUCCACCGCCAUCAUGGUCGACGGCGAGCUGUACGCUGGGACCGUCACCAACUUCCAGGGCAAUGAGCCAACCAUCUACAGGAGCCAGGAGAGCCGCAUCUCCCUCAAGACUGAGAACUCCCUCAACUGGUUGCAAGACCCUGUCUUCGUGGGCUCAGCCUACCUGCAUGAGAGCCAGCUGCCCGGGGGCCCUGGGGGCGAUGACGACAAGGUCUACUUCUUCUUCAGCGAGACGGGCAAGGAGUUCGACUACUUCGCAAACACCAUCGUCUCGCGCAUCGCCCGCGUGUGCAAGGGAGACCUGGGCGGGGAGCGGGUGCUGCAGCGGCGAUGGACCACGUUCCUGAAGGCGCAGCUGCUGUGCUCGCGGCCCGAGGACGGCUUCCCCUUCAACGUGCUGCAGGACAUGUUCGUGCUCACACCGCAGGGGCAGGGCUGGGAGAGCACCGUCUUCUACGGCGUCUUCACCUCCCAAUGGAACAAGGGGGGCCCAGGCAGCUCGGCCGUGUGCGCCUUCCCCAUGCAGGAGGUGCAGAGAGCCUUCGGCGGCCUCUACAAAGAGGUGAACCGCGAGACGCAGCAGUGGUACACGGACACCGGCCCAGUUCCCGAGCCCCGGCCUGGAGCGUGCAUCAACAGCCGCACGCGGCAGAUGAAGAUCAACUCGUCGCUGCAGAUGCCAGACCGGGUGUUGAACUUCGUCAAAGACCACUUCCUGAUGAACAGCCCCCUCCGCAGCGCUCCCCUGCUGCUGCAGAGCCGCCUGCGCUACCAGCAGCUCAGCGUGGACCACGUGGAGGGCCUCCACGGCACCUACCAUGUCCUCUUCCUGGGCACAGAUGACGGGCGGCUGCACAAGGCUGUGAGUGUGAGCGGCAAAGUGCACAUCAUCGAGGAGCUUCGCCUGUUCCCCGCCGGCGAGCCGGUGCUCAAGCUGCUGCUGGACCCCCACCAGGGCUGGCUGUACGCUGCCUCCUACUCCGCGUUGGCCCAGGUGCCCGUCUCCAACUGCAGCCUGUACCGGAGCUGCGGGGAGUGCGUCCUGGCCCGGGACCCCUACUGCGCCUGGAACGGGAGUGCCUGCCGCAGCGUGCCGCCGAGCCCCCAGCGGGCGCGUGCUCAACACUGGGCCCAGGAUAUUGAAGGCGCCAACACGGAGGAGCUCUGCCGACUUGGCAAUGGGUCCAUGCCUAUCCCACGCCGUCUUCUCCCCACAGCAGACGCAGCCCCAUGCCAGAGCGUGCGGCUCCCAGCCAACGCGGUGCGGUCCCUACCCUGCCAGCUGCUGUCUAACUUGGCCUCCCGGCACUGGCUGCACAACGGCACCCGCAUCGACGCGUCCCACCUGGUGCUGCCGGACGGGGCGCUGGUGCUGGUGGGCAGCCCGGAGCGCGUGGGCACCUACGAGUGCUGGUCGCUGGAGGAAGGCUUCCGCAAGCUCAUGGCCAGCUACUGCGUGGAGGUGGAGGCUGCACCCAACGUCCGCCCCCGGCCCCCUGUACCUGUGCCCCCGGCCCACCCAGACGUGGCGGUGCCCCCGCUCAUCAGCACGUCGCGCAGCACCUCGGCCGGGGGCAGCGUGGCGGCGCGGCUGGACGACAACAGCUACUGGACAGAGUUCCUGGUCAUGUGCGUGCUAUUUGGGGCUGCCGUGGUGGUACUUACCCUCUUCCUGCUGCACCGGCACCGCGACGGCAUGAAGGCACUGCUGGAGCCGGGUGAGCGCGGCACCGGCCACACCAAACCCCCACGCAAGGCAGUCGAGAGCCUGCCCCUGAACGGCAGCAACCUGCCCAGUGCUGCCCCUGAGCACAAGGGCUACCAGGCCCUGCAUGAUAACCACAUCGCCAGCACGCCUGUCCACGAGCCCCCGGGCGCCCCGGCCUUCUCUGGCUCCGAGAAAAGGCCCCUGAACCUGUGUGACAGCUUUGUGGAAGUGUCUCCCACCUGCCAGAGGCCCCGGGUGCGCCUGGGCUCCGAGAUCCGGGACUCCGUCGUGUGACCGGGGCUGCAGCGGCCUGGACUGACGCUGGCCGCGGCUCCGCAGAGCCUCCCCGGGCAGGGCGGGUGUCGGGGUGCACGUGCAUGCCCGGCCACGGAGCAAACGGCUUGCAGCCUCCCCGUGGAGGGGAGAUAAGAGGGGUCCCUGCCCCAGGCACAGUGCGUGCUUUGCGGAGGGUGUGGGGGCAGGCGGGAGCGUCCCCAGUGCAUGGGGCACUCGCAGGGGCUAGGAGACAUCCCGGCGGCGUGGGGCCAGAGCGGGCUUAGGGCUCGCGUGGCCCCUGGCAGGACACUGGAGGGUGCCUCCCCUGCUGUCCGGCACCAGGCCCUGUGUGGAGCAGGCCAGGCGUGGGUGGGCUGGCCUGGGGCUGGGACACCUCCCUGGGCUCUGGCAUGUCCAGUGAUGCUGACACGUGCCAGACACCGCGGCCCCCGGUGUGCAGAGUCCGUUCAGGCAGGAGAGAGCACACCCAGCCCCGGGACCACUCUGCCCCUGCCUCCAUGCCAAGCCCCCUCGUUCCCCAUCUCACUGUGACGCCCUGCCCUGCCCUGCAUGGCCUGGCUCGGGCUCCCAUGGGCCACGCGUGCGCAGGGCCGUGGGCCCGGCUGGACUGGACAGUGGCAUGUUCUGUGCGUCUGUGCUGUGCUUCGUUCAUACGACGUGGAACUGUGAAGGGCACCGCCGGCGGGUCGGAGCAGCUGAGCCGGGGCGGUGCCCCCGCGCGGCGCCCCCUCCCCUCCCCUUCCCCACGGCCGUGCCAGCCAGGUGAGGCACCAGGCUGCACAGGUCACGGAUGUGUUUGCACACGAGUGAGUUGUUGUCUGUGUUUUUUACAUAAAGUCUGUGUUUCUCCUUUGUA